AAAACCCCAAUUCCCUCCAGAAAGGAAUCAUCUGUUUAGUUCAAUGGUGGGCGAAAAGGUUGAAAACGAGACGAGGUGACGAAUAUUUUGGCAAAAUUUUCCACUUCCCCAGGAUUUAGAACUUCGCACUCUUGAAUUUUGCCAGCCGAUGCUUAGAGCAGAUUUAAUUUUAUGAUCGUUCAGGAAUGCCUAAAAAUAAUAAGUUAGCUGCAUGAAGUUUCUGCAUGGCUGCCUUUCUUAGUCGCACCCCCAUGGCCACCCCCGCCGCUAACGGCCGGCCCUCGGUCGGUCUCCCUGGAGAUGUAGUGCGUAAAGUGCGCGACAAUUCCCCGUUGCAGAUCUUUGUCAACGCAAAGAGAAAAAUCAACGACAUCUAUGUUGAGAUCGAGGAUUACGUGAAGGACAGUGUCUCGUACAUGAGAUCUCUGCAAAACAAUGAUCAGCUUUUCUCUAAUGAUGACUUCAAGGUUGUCGAGAGCCAUAUUUCCAAAGUGCGCAGCAUCCGAGAUGUGCUCCUCAGGGAUCACAUGAAAGUUGCCUUUUUUGGAAGGACAAGCAAUGGCAAAAGCACAGUUAUCAAUGCCAUGCUUAAGGAUAAAAUUCUACCCAGUGGAAUUGGCCACACAACCAACUGCUUCCUCCAGGUGGAAGGGUCUGAAUCUGGAGAGGCGUAUCUGGUGACUGAGGAUUCUAGUGAAAAGCAGAAUGUGAAGUCUGUGGGGCAGCUUGGCCACGCUUUGUGCAAAGAAAAGUUGAAGGAGAGCCAAAUGGUCCGCAUUUUCUGGCCGAAAGAAAAAUGUUUGCUGCUACGUGAUGAUGUUGUCCUUGUUGAUUCGCCUGGAAUAGAUGUGACACCGAACUUGGACGAAUGGAUUGACAAACACUGCCUGGACGCUGACGUCUUUGUUCUUGUUGCAAACGCUGAAUCUACACUCAUGGUCACUGAGAAAAAUUUCUUUCACAAAGUCUCUCAGAGACUGUCGAAGCCCAAUAUUUUCAUCUUGAAUAAUAGGUGGGACGCAGCUGCUUCGGAAGUUGAUUACAUGGACCAGGUUAGAGCUCAGCAUACAGAGAGGACCGUUGAUUUCCUUGUUACUGAACUUGGUGUUUGCACUACCGAGGAGGCCGCACAAAGGAUUUUCUUUGUUUCAGCCAAAGAGGCGCUGCAAGCUCGUCUUCAGGAGCAGAAAGGCCAACCAGCUCACACUGGAGCACUGGCUGAAGGAUUCCCAAAGAGAUAUUUUGAGUUCCAAGACUUUGAGAAGAAGUUUGAAGAGUGCAUCUCUCAGUCGGCUGUGAAGACCAAAUUCGAGCAGCACUCGCAGCAGGGUCAACACGUGGUUAGUGAGGUGAAGAGGGUGAUGGAUGCCAUUUACGAGAAGAGUCUAAAGACUAGGUCUGAGAAACUAAUGUCGAAAAAGGAAGUUCACGACAAGCUGAACUUUACGGAGCAACAGCUCAUGCUUCUGACUCAGGAAAUGAAGGACAAAAUCCACCAAAUGGUUGAGGAUGUUGAGCAACGGGUGUCGAAAGCAUUGAGUGAGGAAAUCCACCGGUUGUCUACUCUGGUCGACGAGUUUAACCUGCCCUUCCACCCAGAACCGCUUGUUUUGAACGUCUACAAAAAAGAAAUGCACCUUCAUGUUGAAAAUGGCCUUGGCAGCAAUCUUCGGGCUCGUCUUUCUACCGCACUGGCCCUCAACAUAGAAAACAGCCAGCGAGAGAUGACAGACCGAAUGGCUAUAUUGCUUCCCGAUGACAAGAAGCAAGUCUCUUUGACCAUUCUGCCACGCAGAGAGCCUUUCGAAAUUCUUUACCGUUUGAAUUGUGACAAUCUCUGCGCUGAUUUCCAUGAAAAUUUGGAGUUCAGGUUUUCUUGGGGCAUCACUUCUCUUAUCAGCAGGUUCAUGCGAGCCAGGAGCUCUGACAUUGCUGUUUUGAACCGAGUUGAGAGGAUUCCUCAACCUUUAACUCCACUUGGUGAUCCAGGCCAUACUGUGUCCCUCAGAGGUGAUUCAAGUUCUGAGGACUGGAAUUUCUUGUCCAAGAUUGCUGUAGCAUCGAUAUCGUCUCAAGGCACCUUCGGAGGAUUAUUUGUCGCUGGAUUUAUGCUUAAAACUGUGGGCUGGCGACUGAUCCUUGUUUCGGGAGCAAUUUAUGGUUGUCUUUACAUGUACGAGAGGCUAACAUGGACCAACAAAGCAAAGGAGCGCAGCUUCAAAAAGCAGUAUGUGAAUCACGCGACCAACAAGUUGAAGCUCAUCGUUGACCUCACAUCUGCCAACUGCAGCCACCAAGUGCAACAGGAACUGUCCAGCACUUUUGCUCGUCUGUGCCAUCUGGUUGACGAAAGCAUCGAGGACAUGAGCGGAAAGGUGAAGACCUUAGAAAAAGAGGUGAAGCUGCUGGAGGAAUCAGCAAAUUCCGCUAAGGUUUUGCGCAAUAAGGCCAACUAUGUUGCACGUGAACUCAAACUUUUUGAUGAGGCUUACCUCAAGCAGCAGGACUAGUGUUGAGGUCUACUAUUGUUAAUGGAAAAAGUAUGAACUAACUAAGACAUUUUAAGUCUAGUCUGUUAAGAUUUGAGUAUGUAGCAUUUUGACCCAUUAUUGUUAUUUCUUGGACCGCCGGUAAAAACUCCCCUGUUUGGUCCAUGCAUGUAAAACAAUAAAAAAUAAAAGAAGUUAUUAAAAAUAA